GGCCGGGCCGGGCCGGGCCUCCCUCGGCCUCCGCCGCCCUCCGCCGCCAGCCCCGGGCCCGGAGCUUCCCCCCCCUCCCCCCGCCGCCCCCGCGGGGCCCGGCCGGUCCCGCCGCAGGGAGGAUGGGGCAGCCGCGGCGGCCGGGGAACGGCAGCGGCCCGGCGGCGCCAUGACCGGCGAGAAGAAGAAGAAGAAGCGGCUCAACCGCAGCGUGCUGCUGGCCAAGAAGAUCGUCAUCCGCGACGGGGCCGGCCGACAGGGGAUCGGAGAGCCCAGCGUGUACCAUGCCGUGGUGGUGAUUUUCCUGGAGUUCUUUGCCUGGGGCUUGCUGACCACUCCGAUGCUAACGGUCUUACACCAGACUUUUCCUCAGCAUACGUUCCUGAUGAAUGGCCUGAUUCAUGGAGUCAAGGGUUUGCUUUCUUUUCUAAGUGCCCCACUGAUUGGUGCUCUCUCUGAUGUCUGGGGCAGGAAAUCCUUCCUCCUCCUCACUGUCUUCUUUACAUGUGCGCCAAUUCCCCUUAUGAAGAUCAGUCCAUGGUGGUAUUUUGCUGUCAUUUCCAUGUCUGGAGUCUUUGCUGUCACGUUUUCUGUGAUUUUUGCCUACGUUGCUGAUAUCACACAGGAGCAUGAGCGCAGCACGGCGUAUGGCUUGGUGUCAGCCACAUUUGCUGCUAGUCUGGUCACAAGCCCAGCCAUCGGUGCAUACCUUUCCCAAGCCUAUGGUGAUACCCUGGUGGUUGUGCUGGCUUCAGGUGUUGCUUUGCUGGAUAUUGGUUUCAUCCUACUGGCUGUGCCAGAAUCCCUGCCAGAAGAAAUGCGCCCAGUCUCCUGGGGAGCUCCAAUCUCUUGGGAACAAGCAGACCCAUUUGCUUCCUUGAGGAAAGUGGGUCAGGAUUCUACUGUGCUGCUCAUCUGCAUCACCGUCUUUCUCUCCUACCUUCCUGAAGCUGGCCAGUACUCCAGUUUUUUCCUGUACUUGCGACAGGUCAUUGGUUUUUCCUCUGAGACUGUGGCAGCCUUUAUUGGUGUAGUUGGAAUUCUCUCUAUACUGGCUCAGACAGUAGUGUUGGGAAUUCUCAUGCGUUCGAUAGGAAAUAAAAACACCAUCCUGCUGGGACUAGGAUUCCAGAUCCUGCAGCUUGCCUGGUAUGGCUUCGGAUCACAGCCUUGGAUGAUGUGGGCAGCAGGGGCUGUGGCUGCCAUGUCCAGCAUCACCUUCCCGGCCAUCAGCGCCAUGGUGUCCAGGAAUGCAGACCCUGACCAACAGGGUGUAGUGCAGGGGAUGAUCACUGGAAUUCGGGGUCUGUGUAAUGGCCUGGGGCCAGCUCUCUAUGGCUUUGUCUUCUAUCUCUUCCACGUUGAGUUGAAUGAAAUGGCUGAGGUGGAAACUUUGGGUAAGGCCUCCAAACCUAACAUGGCCAACCCGACGGAUGAGAGCAGCAUUAUCCCGGGGCCUCCCUUCCUGUUUGGGGCCUGUUCUGUCCUCCUGUCGCUCCUGGUGGCCUUGUUCAUCCCGGAACACAACCUUGCACUGAGAUCAGGCAGCCACAAGAAACACAGUAACGGCGCCCAGACCCAUGCCCACAGCCCGCAGGCUGGAGGCUCGGAUGGCAAGGAGCCCCUGCUGGAGGACAGCAGCGUAUGAGGUUGGGAGGGAAGGACCUGGCUUGCGUCUCAACUCCAGAUCGAGGAUGGACUUAGCCGGUUGGGGCCUGGGGAGAGAGGGUGGGAGGCGAGAAGAAACGAGGUAACAGACUGUACCACUAACAGCUCAUGUGAAGGGAAAGGGUUUCCCUUCAAGCCAAAUACACCCAGCUGGUGCAAAAAUGGAAUUGUAUCAUCUGGGGCGGAUGGAAAGGGGAGAUACGGAACUGCUCCGCAUGAAGGGAUAGCUGUUCAAAGCAAACCUGCCCUUGUUGUGAACACUGAACUUCACGGUGUGACCUGCCAAAUCCUCAGCUCGCCAGUGAAAAAUUAAGGAGCUAGCAUUGUCUUUGUUCUAAUGUGAACUAACUCAUGUGCCAGCCAGAAUAAAACAAGGCAUCUGUUACAUGCCCCCGUCCCCUUAUGUAACUGGUACUUGCUGCUGAUCCCAUCACAGCUGAGCUGGCCAACCUCAGCACGGGAGAGGCUGGGAAGCUGUUCCGCAGUGUGAGCAGCCCAUGCUCCGGUAAUACACCAGUAACAACUGUGCGUGUGUGGAGGAAGAUUGCACAGCCAACAGCUGCAAGUAGGUCCUCGCUCCUUCGGCAUGUGUUGAAUUUGCCCGUUCUGGUCCAAGUGAUGCUUAGACAAGAAAUUGGUUUUGUUCUUAAUUCCCAAGACGGAAGGGGCAGAUGAUAGCGAAUUUUAUGAAUUACAAAUGCUUAGAUGGUCAACAACAUUUGUAUUUCUGGUUGGCGGGUUUGCUUGGCUUGGUUUUUGUUACGGUGAUGUAACAUUUGUCUGUCUCUACCUCCAGAGGUGGUAGGUAGAAGGAUUUUUUGGAAACCUUUUUGUGGAACUGGAAAAUAGUUCUUGGAAAGGUUGGAGGAACAAGCAAACUCUGCUAAGCACUUUGUUAAAGCGUGACUUCCUGAGAGAAAGGUCAGAGAAGUAGCUGUUGAGCACUUUUUAUGAAGCAUGUUGAUUUUUUUUUUUUUUCCCCAGACUCUUGCCAUCUUGAUAUUAAAUAAUGAGUGUGGUUUGUUUUUCUUGGUCCAAAAGAGCCUGUUGAUGAUUGCAAUUGGUUUGAACUUGCAGGUUUGGAUUCCACGUAGCAUUUCUGAGCCUGCUCUGAAGGCUUUCAUUUUGUUGAAAGAUGAAGUUGCAACCUCUGCUGCAGGGUUCAGCUCAGCUUAGAAAGAGCAGCAGAUACUUGAACUUGAGUGCUAUGGAAGGAGCUAAGGCAAACGUGCAGGGAAACUUUGGUUGUUUAUAGAUACAGAGAUACUGAAGUGGGCAGAAAACAGUUGUUCUCAUUUGAGUGAGAUCAGAGGUAAUGGCAUUGAGCAGUCAGUGGGGAAGUAAAGGCCAAACUGGGAACACUUAAGAAAUUAGUUGCUAAGGGAAUUGAGGGUACAGUGGCCAAAAAUAGUCCUGUCUCGUCAUGGGAUCUGUGUAACAGCUGCCAAGUUCUCUGGUGGCGAUCGAUCCUCUGUAGGUUCAGGACAGGUAAUUUAAAGGAGGAAGGCCAGAAGGGAGCCCUGACUUCAUGUCUCGGUUCUUUGCAAAUGGGUGAUCGUGGCUGGUGCUGCGCCUGUGCAGCGCUGACCACAGAUGCCAUUUGCCUCUGGGUUUAAUGAAGAAUAUCAGCUGGACAACCCUGAAGAUCUCGGUGCCCUGAGCCACAGCAGGCACGAGCGUGGGGAGCAGCGCUGUCAGUUCCCUUCUGCUGGGCUGCCUGCCCCAGGAACGUGCAGGGGACACGAGCCCCGGGGUGUUUUCAGCUUCUGACCUCUUCCAUGAGCUGUCAGAGGGAGCCCGUUACUGCCGGCCCUGGACAGAUGGAGACCUGCAAUUUUUGUGUAUGUCCCUUAAAAGCCUGUCAGAUACUCACAGUGUAGAAUCCCUGCUUGCCUAGACUGGGCUGAAUUAAUAGCGUAUCGUCUGUGUACCAAUUGUCUGGACCAGUUGGUUACUGGAGGCAGACGUUCAGGUGAAGUCAUUCCUGUUUUGUUUCUCGCUAAGCGUGGCUGGUACCCAGAUCCUGCAGUCAGAGCGGUGAGAGCAGGUUAUGUCCGAGCAGCUCCCUCGGACACCGAGGGUUUGCUUACGUGGAUCCACUUCCAGGGCUGGAGAACAGAGCUAGCAGAAGGUCUCAGUGCGUGCUGGGUGCUCCAGUGUUCAGCUCGGUGUGGUGAUGCCCCUCAUCUCCAGACCCACCUGGGAUGGGCUGCACUGCGUGUGCGCAGCUCACUCCCAAAGAAUGCCCAGUCACAUGAGCUGGGCAACAACCCCACCUCUACUGCUCACAGAAAUAGCUUUGUUAGGCUGCAGUAUCACCGAGUAAAUCUGGCGAUUCAUUUAUUUGCACUGCAUUAAAAUGAACUGAAGUAGUUUUGUCCCUCACGUACAAACGAAGUGGAAUGAGACUGAAUCGUUACCUCACGCGCACUGAGGCACUCAGCUUCACGGGUACAAUAUAGCAGAACGUUACAAAAAAGACGAGCGUAAUUUAUAUAUUAUAAAGUAUAUAGAUAUAUAUUUUUAAAAGUCCUUUCCUUUAUUUAAUAGUUUAUCGAGACAGAUGCGUUUCUAAUCUCAUUCCCUUUGGCACCACUGCUGCUGCCGGCAGCGCCUCGGCUCCCGUUCCCUUCGGGCAGCAGAACGGAGCGGGCGAGCUCCACUCCUUGGUCCUCUGUCACCACGAGAUAUCGGAGUUCCCAGCGGUGCUGACAUCCUCAGCACGUGAGUAGCUGGCCUGAGGUGCUCUGGGACGCUUCUUCAGCCCCCAAGCCUGGGGCCAGAAGAUGCUGCAGGUCCCCGAGGCGUCUCUCAGCUGCAGGCUGCCUGCUGGAGAGGCUCCACCACCGAGGUCUCUUCACCUGCCUCUGCAGCACAGGAGCACCGCAGGGACUGCCCCGUAGUGCCAGGUAGCGGGGUGGAGGUGUCCUGAGCACCUGCCCUUUGCUGGGGCAGCACGGGGCCGGCUCACACGGGGGAAGCUGUGUCCUGAGCCCCCUGAGCCUGUGGUGCUGAGCACCUGCGCUGGAGGUGGGGCUGCCCGUGGCAGCGGGGCUGCUCGCCCUCCCCAGAGAUGUCACUCGCGUGGGCGCUGUGAGUGGGCAGGGAUUUGUUUCCACGUUUCUGGAGUUCCUUUCCCUUGGUUUGGUGGGGGCCCCGUAGCCCCCCGCGACUCCACUCCCUGUUAGGAGCAGGGACGUGACGCAGGGACGUGAGCCACCCUUCGGCCUUGUGAGUGAGAGGAGGGCUCGGGCCAGGCUGCGGCAGAGCUGAAGUUACUGGACCCGAAUGAAGAAUCUCUAAUUCUGAAGGGCUGGUAAUUCCACAGCGUCGCGUGGGGAGACUGGAACACGUGUACAGAGCACUCAGCAUUGCCAAGUUUUGUUACUUUAUAUGAAAAUGCAACUUUUUUAAAAGCCUUUUCUGAAAAUCCCCUUGAUCUGCGGUGUGAUGCCUGAGCCUGGCUGUUCAGCGGCAGCACCCGACUGGCUGCAGGGAGCUGUAAUUCAGGUCAGUAACAGCAAUGCCUCAAACACAAGGCAAAAACGGGCUUAAUUGCCCUUCGUCUGCAGCAGCACAGCUAAUGGCAGCAGCUCAAGGGAGUUUAAAAAUUGAUCUUGUUGCAUUAAACAAACAACGAACUAAACCACUGCUUUCCCUACUGCCGUUACUUUUGCAAAUUAGUAACUUUUUACUUGUUUUUAUUCUUUUCUUUGCACUUGAAUGGCUGCUAAUGUUUUAUCAUCUCUAUAAAGUGGGGGCAUGUGGCAAGCCCGUGUUCACCUAAGAAUGGCUCUCUCUGAAGUUUGUUUACGAUCACGUGCGUUUCUGUAUCUUUUUUAAGCUAACAAUGAAAUGUGUUUAUUUUAGUUCAAAUUGUGUUUAGAACUGGCUAAUCUCUCCCUCGGAUGGAUUAUUUAUUAAACUGCUUCUUUCCUGUUGUGUUGAA